AUGAGCUCUCAAGAGCCUACGCUUCAGGUGCAAAUCAACCAGAUAGACUAUACGUUGGCGCAGCCUGGCCUUCUCGACAAUGCGUCUUUACCCCGCGUACCCAUAAUCCGAAUAUACGGCCCCUCAUCUACAAACCAAAAGGCUUGCGUCCACAUUCAUCAAGUGUAUCCUUAUUUCUUCAUUGAAUACAACGGAACCAUCAAUCCAGACUCUGUAAAUCGUUAUAUCGCGCAACUCACUGUAUCUUUAAAUCACGCUAUUGCAAUCUCUACUAAGCGUAAUCCGACCAGUACAAAUUCUCAGUAUGUCCGUGCGAUCAUUCUUGUCAAAGGUGUCCAUUUUUAUGGAUUUCACUCUUCCUAUACGCCUUUCCUCAAAGUCCUCAUGGCUGACCCGUCUAUUGUCAAUCGCGCAGUGACUAUAAUGCAGUCUGGGACAGUCAUGCGGACGAGAUUUCGAGUCUAUGAAAGUCAUCUGAGUUAUAUACUACAGUUUAUGUGCGAUUUCGGUCUUUAUGGCUGUGGUUGGAUUAACUUGGGCGAGGUUCAUCAACGCGGACAUGACGACGACGCCGAAGUCAGACAACAAGCCAGUUCCUUUUCUUCUCCCAAGGUGUCUCCUCAUUUUCGUCAAUCUCGCAUGUCUCUCGAGGUAGACGUCAUAUCACAUCAAAUUUUGAACCGCCAUCUGCUUACGGCUCUCAAUGUGCAUCACAAACUCACUAUUCCCGGGCCUUCUCUUCCCAAGGAACCCUUCGUGAUGAGCGUCCGAGAGCUUUGGGAAGACGAGCGGCGGCGACGGAUAGCCAGCGGUCUCACUCCAUCUCCGAAUAUACCAGUAGAUCCUAGUGAAAAUUCAAGAGGAAAAGGUGGUGAAUGGGUCGCCGAGGCGAGAUGGUGGGACGAACUCAGAAAGAAAAUUGAACAAGAAAAGGAUGUCCCUACUGCCAUAGUGGGUGGCAACAAACGAUGGGAGAAAUGGGUGAUGACUACGUUUGAAAGUGUUGAAGCGCUCUGGGAGGCUGAAUACAAGACAUGGAAACCUGGACAACACGAGACGGAUACGAAUCAUAUUACCCCAAUCCAUCAGGUUCAAGAUGAAAACCCGUUCGAAAGUGCGACAGCUCCUGGACCUUGGAAACAACAAAGUACGAUUCCGCAGAACAUGGAUCUUGAUAUCGACGAAAAAAUGCUGUCUAGCCAGGAGAUGAGCCAACUUGUAGAAAAAGAGGAACGGGCCUGGGAAAAACGAUUUGGUGAAAACGAUAUUGUUGGUCAUGAAGAAGUAGAAGAUACGAUUGGCGACGAGGACGGCCCUCGUGCUGAAGUUGAAUUGUUUGCAGAAUCAGAAGUCAACGAUUUUACCAACGUCACGCAGAGGGGCACCUCCAGGUCAGUUUUACUACUUGAUGCCAGUUCUCAAGGUAUUGGUGUAACCCAUAAGGCUAAUCAGGUCACAUUGCAGUCGGAUAUUAAUUGUCCACUGCCAACUAUUGUACCCAUCGUUACGAUCACCAGUAGCGAAAGUAGUGUGUCGCAAGCAAAUUCGUCACAUGAAGGUCAUGCAAACGUCUCUCAAAGUUCAUCGUCCCUGUCAAUGUGGGUCUCCCCGACUGUGAAGCCGCCCAGUUAUGUUUAUUCAAGCCCAGCCUCAAUGCGCUCAAGCACAAACAUUUAUGUCUAUUCAGUAAUACCCCCGUCCGUAUCCGAGCUUUUGAGCAGUUGUGAACAAUACGGCAUCCCUAGCAAGGUUUAUCGCGAUCCUUUCUACUCCAAGAAUAGUGAUGCGCCCGAUCAUCCCAGAGAAUAUGCUGGUCUCAUCUACCGUCUUAAAGGUGGAGAGGGUGUGCAAAAUUUGGAAGAGUGGCGUGAUGGUGGACUUCCGCUCAUGAACAGAAGCAAGUUAUCAAGAUAUUCCAGUCGAAUCAGCACGUCAGGAUGGGAAUAUGCAAGCUGUCCCCCAAGUGUGAGAGAAGUGAAGAGAUGGCUUCAUGCCAACCCUCAUCACGUAGUCUAUAGAGAAAGGCCACAGUCACAGGUAUGUUGUCAGGUUCCUUUGGAUAUCAACAGUCGUUUACAUAUCCUUGAGAUCGAGGGACCAACGCCAGCCAAUCCCUCUGGAGCGAGACUGGAUGCAGGAGCGCGGUCUGAGUAUAGUGUCCGCGAAAGCCAGAACAUGACCAUGUUGUCUCUUGAAGUUUUCGCACCUUCUCGUGGUGAUCGUGUGCCAGAUGCGAAUGUAGACGAAAUCGUUGCAGUCUUCUAUACGUUCUCUAUUGAUGGCCGCUCAGAGAACUACGAGAAAGGUAUGGUUGUUGUCAAAAACGAACGUCUUGACCCACGUAGACUACGCAACUUCUGUGUGGAGGUUGUCCCGGACGAACUGGAGUUGCUGAACAAGGUCAUUGAUAUUGUGAUAGACGUCGACCCUGAUAUUGUCGUUGGAUGGGAGGUGCAAACAGCAUCCUGGGGAUACGUGAAUUCUAGAGGUCGACAUUAUGGCUUUGAAAUCGGAGAGUUAAUUGCACGUGCCCCUAGUAGAAAUAAUACUGGUGGUAAUGACCAGUGGGGAUUGAGAACAUCCUCUACCUUUCAAGUCAUUGGUCGACAUGUUUUCAACGUAUGGAGAAUCAUGCAAGUUGAGCAGAACCUUGGAAUAUAUACAUUUGAGAAUGUAGCUUUUCAUAUACUUAAGCGGAGGAUACCACGCUAUAGCUUCUCGACACUGACAGAAUGGUACAAAAGUUCCGAUCCUGUGCACACAUCGCGUUUGUUACGACAUUUAUCAGAACGCACCUCGACUGUACUUGACAUAUUGGACGAGGCCGAAACUGUCACGAAGAACGCGGAAUUUGCGCGCGUAUUCGGAGUAGAUUUUUUCUCCGUUAUAAGUCGUGGCUCUCAGUUCAAAGUGGAAUCGUUCAUGUUCCGAAUUGCUAAGCCCGAGAGCUUUGUACUUUUGUCUCCUAGUAAAGAAGAUGUCGGCAAGCAGAACGCUGCUGAAUGCAUGCCUUUAAUUAUGGAACCUCUGUCAGCAUUUUACAAUGGACCACUAGUCGUUUUGGACUUUCAGUCAUUGUAUCCUUCUAUCAUGAUUGCAUAUAAUUAUUGUUAUUCUACCUGUCUCGGCCGUGUCGGAGAAUUCCAAGGUCAAAAUAAAUUCGGUGUUACAGAGCUUCACCAUCCAGCAGGCCUGCUUCAGAAGCUGCAAGACCACAUUACAGUGGCUCCGAAUGGCAUUAUGUAUGUUAAGUCGGAUGUGCGUAAAGGUCUUUUGGGUAGAAUGUUGACAGAGCUCUUGGAAACGCGAGUUAUGGUAAAACAGGCCAUGAAGAGCGCUAGAGGGAACAAGGCUCUGGGCAGAAUUCUGGAUGCUCGACAGCUGAGUCUGAAGUACAUCGCGAAUGUCACUUAUGGCUACACUAGUGCUACCUAUUCCGGUCGUAUGCCUGCGGUUGAGAUCGCGGAUAGCAUUGUUCAGAGCGGUCGCGAAACUCUAGAAAAGGCUGUGCGGAUCAUCAAUGCAACCAAAAAGUGGGGGGGAAAAGUGGUCUAUGGAGAUACAGACUCGCUAUUCAUUUAUCUUCCAGGGAAAACUAAAGAACAAGCCUUUAGAAUUGGACAAGAUAUGGCAGAUACGAUAACUGCCAUGAAUCCUGCUCCGGUGAAACUUAAGUUUGAAAAGGUGUAUCUUCCUUGCGUCCUAAUGGCUAAGAAACGAUAUGUGGGAUUCAAGUAUGAAAACCCUGAUGAUUCUGUGCCUGUAUUCGACGCCAAAGGCAUUGAAACAGUACGUCGCGACGGCGUAGCUGCACAACAGAAAAUGACCGAGACUUGUUUAAAAAUUCUAUUUCGAACCCAAAACCUCAGUGAAGUCAAGGAUUACUGUACCCGAUCAUGGUUGAAGAUUUUACGGAACAAGGUAUCGAUACAAGACUUCGUUUUUGCCAAAGAAGUCAAACUGGGUACCUACAGCGAUAAGGUACCACCUCCCCCAGGGGCCACUGUGGCAGCUAGGCGAAUAAUGCAAGAUGAGAAUGACGAACCUCAGUACGGGGAGCGCGUGCCAUAUGUCAUCGUUAAAGGAGAGCCUCAAUCACGACUGGUAGACAGAGCGGUCUCCCCAGAGGAAUGUCUACGCAAUCGCCGUUUAAGUCUGGACGGAGCAUAUUAUAUUUCUAGAGUGCUGAUUCCACCACUGGAACGCAUCUUCAAUCUCGUCGGUGCUGAUGUUAGGGCCUGGUACGACGAGAUGCCAAAAACCAUGAAAGUCGAUCAAGUUGAUCCUCUUUCAUUGUCGCCCAGAAAAAACAAAGGCAAUACAACCAACAAGUUCAAGAUCGACGAACAUUUUCAGAGUUCCCAAUGUCUCCAUUGCGGUGCACUGGCCCAGGAAGGCAUAUGCGAUGCCUGUCGAAGGGACCCGCAAACGGUUAUUCCAGCUCUUCUCGGACGCAUAUACAAAGCUGAAAGUAGAAUGCUCAACACCCAACAAAUCUGCGUAUCUUGUACUGCCUCAGCUGCUGCGGAGCCCAUCCGAUGCGAGAACUAUGACUGUCCCUGGUUUUUCGAGAGGACGAAAGCAGUAUCGAAAAGCGAAUUUUUGGAAGGUUUAUGGGGUUUAAUGGACGAUAUCGAGUUUAGUCAAGAAUAUUCCUACGAACGAACAGACGACCUUUUGUAGCUCGGAAACAUACAAUGAGAAUACUCAAACGCGCUAAAUUAUACGUAGGAUGAGAAACUGUCUAGAGUGGUAGACGCUUAUCCUUAUACAGAUUGGUAGGCGCCAGCCAUGGAAGGGUUGGCGGGAGU